GGGGCGUUUUUCCCGUCACGCUCCGCGGCGCGGGCAGUUUGUAGCUAAUGGCGGUUGCUUGGUCUCCAAAUAGUUGCAAAGGAUGCUCCUCUACUAGCUGUGCAUGUGGCGACAAGGGCAAGUGGAGCGACUCCUUGCUGUUAGGCAAGCGGCUCUCAGAAGACUCUAGCCGCCAACAGCUGCUGCAGAAGUGGGCGAGCAUGUGGAGUUCCGUGAGCGAGGACGCGUCGGUGGCCUGCACGGAAAGGACGCGGCGCGAGGAGGCUGCGAAGACCGCGGACGAGGAGGACAGGCCGCUGGUGUUUCUGUGCUCUCGCUGCCGGCGGCCUCUGGGGGACUCCCUGAGCUGGGUGACGAGCCAGGAGGACACCAACUGCAUCCUGCUGCGUUGUGUUUCCUCCAAUGUUUCUGUGGAUAAGGAGCAGAUACUGUCCAAGCGCAAAAAUGAAAAUGGUUGCAUCCUGGAGGCUCUGUACUGUGCAGGAUGUUCACUCAGCCUUGGCUACGUGUACAGAUGCACACCCAAGAACCUAGACUACAAGAGAGACUUGUUUUGCCUCAGUGUUGAGGCCAUCGAAAGUUAUAUUUUAGGGUCCGCUGAAAAGCAAAUUGUGUCAGAAGAUAAAGAGCUUUUUAAUCUUGAAAGCAGAGUUGAAAUAGAAAAAUCUCUAAAGCAGAUGGAAGAUGUUUUGAAAGCAUUACAAACAAAGCUGUGGGAGGUUGAAUCAAAAUUGUCCCUUACCAGUUGCGAAAGCUGAAGUCUCUUUUAAAUUCCCCACUCUGGAGUCCUCCGCCAAUGGAUAAUUCUUCCAUAUGUAGCGAUUCUUAUUAUAAUUUACUUUUUUUAGAACCAAAAGAAUUUGAAGUGGUCCUGUGCAUUGUAUUCUCUCUCUUGUACCGAUUGACUGAUCAAAUGAGAAGAACGUAGAAUGACCUUUCUGGAUGUUUUUGAUGGUAAAGAGGUGGUUGUCUCCUAAAUUCCAAUUUUAGAGUCAUGAUACCUGUCGGAAGUGAAAUUCAGUUUUUAUUUUGGGUAACAAAGUGCCAUGGUUUUCUCCUCUGUACCAAAUCCACUCUUCUUUAUUUCCUAUUUUUUUUAACUUUAUUUCACCUUUAAUGCUUGAACAACAUUUAAUGUCGAAUGGUAAGAAACUUAGAGGUUUUCCACCCACUGUGUGGCUGAAUCUUCUCUGAAAACUAAGGCAUACAACUCUUUGGAGAAACAGGUCAGUUGAGCUGUGUGUCAGAACUAUUUGAAACUUGGUCCAAGAGCCGAAUGGCAUGUAUCCUAGUAGGGGUAGAAUUCCGUUUGAUCCUGUGUAUUUACUACAGGAUGCCCCCUAAAUCUGACAAAAUAUCUACCAAAGGGAGUAACAGUCAUCUCUGAGGGUGGAAUUCCGGGGAAGUUUUCAGUUUUCCAAUUUUCUCUAAUGUAGACUUAGAAAAAAUAAAGGAGAAAAUAAAGGUUCAAACAAAAUGCUUUACAAUUGCUUUUUAUGAAACUGAAUUAUUUAACUGAGCUCAGAAAUCCUGGAGCCGUAAAAUCCACACAUUUACUGGGGGGGCCUGGUCAGGACAUUUACGGUGUGGGGGUCUGCUCAGGACUGUAAAGGUAACCCCAAGUUUCCCCAGCCCCCUUUCUGUUUCUGAGUACAGACAAGGCCACAUAACAUUGGGACUUAGCAUGUUUGAGUAACUAAACUCAGUUUCUGCUCAGAACGUCUCUCAUUAUGUCUGAGAAUUCUCAAAGUUGUCAUAGCAAAAGGGCCCAAGUCAGAUUAACUUGAUCCUUCAUAAGUUUUCAGUUCUUUUGAGAGGUGGUCAGCAGCCUCUAAUAAUUUGCAAAUAGUGAGCCCUCCCGGUCCCUUCUCAACACUUGCUGGCAGUAAAAUAGUCAUCCUGCCUCAGUAAGCUUGAUGAAGCCCCAAGGGUCUGUCCUUUUCUGUGCUUCAGUGGCACUGGCAUGAAAGUUCAUUUAGAACAGAUGGGAGACUAUUUUAAUAGCAAGAUGCAGCUAACUUUCUGGUUGCAGGGUAACACAAUUCUCCAACCACCACCUGCAGGGCUGUUCUAAAGAGGAAGGCAGUUUGGCUCCCUAAUUCCUUUUGCCCUGUUCUUUCUGGGGCCGGAUUUCUAGCCAAUCCAUUCACCUUGCAAACUCCUCAUUUCACCAGUGAAAAGUCGUUUCCACUAUCCACAGUGCUAACCAAGCCUCUGUUGCGGGUUGAGAAGUAAACUGCUGAAGUGCCUUUGUGGUUCUGCAAGGGAGGGCCUGUGGUUGGCCUUUCCCUGCAGACCCCCCCCCCCCGCCGCCACCACCACCUCCGGAGUUUUAUUUCCAGUGAGAUGAAGUUAAUUAGCCAUCCCUGGGGUGCCGGGGGAAGUUUGUGCACAUUUGCAUCACAUCAUCUUCCCUGAAGCAUCUAAAGGCAAAUCCCAAGAAACAGUCGAGCUUCCUCCUAAGGCUCCAUCUGCAUCUUUGGCCUCUGCCUGUGAUGUCACCGAAGCGGUGGCCUCGCCAUCACUGUGGGAGAACGAGCUCUGAGGCACCCACACGGCUUACUUUUGGGGUCCACCUGGGACUGCGUCCCCCUCCCUGUGCACUGCUCUGGGGCACUUAGAGGACAGGAGCCUUUCCUACCUUCUGGGCCGGCCUCUCCUGAGGCCACCGGUUUCCCUGAAGCCUGGUUUCCUGGCUUUUCUGGCUUUGCAUUAUGUCUCAUCCAAAUGCCCUGGUUUUUUGUUUGUUUCUCACUUGUUCUAUAAAUCCACAUACUAAAUAAAACCUAUGCUUCGA